AUGGGCAUCCGGCAUAAUGGUCGAUAUUUCCCCACUUGUUUCGCAUCUUGUAGCAUCCCUAGCUACUUCAAUGCGUCUCUACCGGAUAAGCUAAAUGCCAUUCGCAAGGCGGGAUUCGACGGAAUUGAGAUGUCUAUGCCGGAUAUCCUGACAUAUGGCCAGCAUCUCAAUGGAGAAACUCUCAACGAUGAUGAUUUUGAUGGCAUUGUCUCUAUAUCCGCGAAGAUACGAGACUUAGUGGACGAUUUGGGCCUUCGCAUUCUUAUGUUACAGCCAUUUUCGAGAUUCGAAGGGUGGUCAAAACUACAACAAUCCGAUGAGAGAGAGGCAGCCUUUCGUCGGGCUCGCGGAUGGAUAAGGGUUAUGGAGGCUCUGGGUACAGACAUGUUGCAGGUGGGAUCAUCAGAUGCUGACGGAAUCUCCUCCUCGUUGGAUGACCUCGCCGCGGACCUGAGAGAGUUGGCCGACCUGUUAGCAGAAAAGGGAUUUCGCCUCGCAUAUGAGAACUGGUGUUGGGCAACACGUGCUCCGACGUGGGAGGAUGUGUGGCAAAUAGUUCGGAAGGCGAAUCGCUCUAACUUGGGCCUUUGCUUGGAUACCUUCCAGACUGCGGGAGGUGAAUAUGGUGACCCAAGCACAGCGUCAGGAGUCAUCGAAGAAAUCGGGAGAGAAGAGUUGGAUGCGCGGUGGAAGCACAGCAUGGCGGAGAUGGCGGAUACCAUUCGCGGCGAUGAGAUCUUCCUGCUUCAGAUCUCGGAUGCAUACAAAGUGACUCCGCCUCUAUGCAGCAAUGGGGAUAGGCCAAGGUGUGCCUGGAGCCAUGACUAUCGUCCGCUCCCUUUCGAUGGAGGCUACUUGCCGAUCCAGGACGUGUUGGGUGCUGUACUUCGCACAGGAUUCUCGGGCUGGUUAUCGAUCGAGGUAUUUGACUCCAAGCCGAAAGAAGGGAUGUCGCUGCAAGAUUUUACCAAAGCUGCCAUGGAAUCCCUACAUCGCCUUCUGGCUGAAGUGUAA